CAAUCUCUGCGCAGGCGCAGCGGGCGGGUCCAGUGGGGCCCUUCGGUUCGUAACGUGAGAGCGAAGGUUGAGUUGUCGGCAGCCGGACCGGGUCGCUGCAUCGUCGGUCGGUCGGUCGGUCGGAGAGGCGUGCACUGUGUUGUUAGUUUGUAACGGGGAUCUCCGGCAUGUUGUCUGCAGCUUGCAGGCUGACAACGCGAGUACACAGAUGUCUAUGUUCUGUCAACACAGUACAGAGAGGAUCUCUUCUGUCCUUGGUUCAUGCGGAAAGAUAUGUUUCCUCUUCAGUUUCCCGUAUCACGACACACUACACAAUCCAUCCACGGGAUAAAGAUCCACGAUGGAAAGGGGUCAGCAUGGAGCGAUUCGCUGAUGAAGCUGAUGUAGUAAUAAUUGGUGGAGGUCCCGCUGGCCUAUCUGCAGCAAUCCACCUGAAGCAGCUGGCUGACAAACAUGGCAAGGAAAUAAGAGUAUGUGUGGUGGAGAAGUCUGCACAGCUGGGUGGACAUAUCCUUUCAGGCGCAUGUCUGGAUCCAAAAGCUCUGAACGAGUUGUUCCCUGAUUGGAGGGACAGAGGGGCCCCUCUGAACACUCCAGUAAAGGAGGAUGUAUUUGGUAUUUUGACAGAAAAAUACAGAAUUCCUGUUCCAUUGCUACCAGGUCUUCCCAUGAACAAUCAUGGAAAUUAUAUUGUCCGUUUGGGUCACAUGGUCAGAUGGUUAGGAGAGCAAGCAGAAGAACUCGGUGUGGAAUUAUAUCCAGGAUAUGCAGCUUCUGAGUUAUUAUUCCAUGAUGAUGGGAGUAUAAAAGGAAUUUCUACCAAUGAUGUUGGUAUUCAUAAGGAUGGUUCACCAAAGGACACAUUUGAAAGAGGAAUGGAACUACAUGCUAAAGUGACAAUAUUUGGUGAAGGUUGCCAUGGACACCUUGCUAAGCAAUUGUAUAAACAUUUCAAUCUAAGGGAGACCUGUGAACCACAGACCUAUGGUAUAGGUUUGAAAGAGAUUUGGGUAAUUGACGAAACAAAAUGGAGACCUGGUAGAGUGGAGCACACUGUGGGGUGGCCCCUAGACAGACAUACAUAUGGUGGGUCAUUCCUCUAUCAUUUAAAUGAAGGUGAACCAUUGGUGGCUUUGGGAUUUGUGGUAGGUUUAGAUUAUCAAAAUCCAUAUCUGAAUCCAUUUAAAGAAUUCCAGCGGUGGAAACAUCAUCCUUCAAUAGCACCAACUCUGGAAGGAGGCAAAAGGAUCGCCUAUGGAGCCCGUGCAUUAAAUGAAGGUGGUUUGCAGUCUGUACCUAGACUCUCCUUCCCUGGAGGACUGCUAGUUGGCUGCAGUCCGGGAUUGAUGAAUGUCCCAAAAAUUAAAGGAACACAUACUGCGAUGAAGAGUGGCAUGAUUGCUGCAGAUGUUGUCUUUAAGAAAUUAUUUCAAAAUGAUCACAAACCUGUAACUCAAGGCCUUCAUGUACCAGAGUACGAUGUGGACCUAAGAAACUCGUGGAUUUGGAAAGAACUUUAUUCUGUGAGGAAUAUCCGACCCUCUUGCCAUGGACCUUUAGGUGUUUAUGGAGGAAUGAUUUAUACUGGGAUAUUUUAUUGGAUCUUUCGAGGAUUUGAACCUUGGACACUGAAACACAAAGGUGCAGAUUUUUCUCAAUUAAAGCCAGCCAAGGACUGUACACCAAUUGAAUACCCCAAGCCAGAUGGAAAUAUCAGCUUUGACCUUCUGUCCUCUGUGGCCCUUAGUGGAACCAAUCACGCAGAUGAUCAGCCAGCACAUUUAACACUUCUGGAUGACAGUGUACCGGUAAAGGGGAACUUGGCUGAGUAUGAUGGACCAGAACAAAGAUACUGUCCUGCAGGUGUUUAUGAGUUUGUUCCUUUGGAAAAUGAUAACGGAAUGAGAUUGCAGAUUAAUGCUCAGAAUUGUGUUCACUGCAAGACGUGUGAUAUUAAGGAUCCCAGCCAAAAUAUCAACUGGGUGGUGCCUGAAGGAGGUGGUGGCCCUGCUUAUAAUGGAAUGUAAACACUCAACCUGAUCCAACAGCCUAGCUACAGUAUUGUGUUCUGGCUUAUUGUAUAUUACUGGAAUUGUUAGGUCUGAACUCAAUGUUCAUAUUAAUUGUUCAAAUGUAAAUUAAAAAUGGAAGAAUUACAUUUUUCUAAUUAAUAUAUGCUUCAUUCUGGUUUCAUUCAGGAGAAAUGUCAGUCGAGCAGAUACAAAUAAAAGAGUGGCCAGUAUUUAUUCUGUAACCUUGCUAGGUUGUUUUUAUCAACAUCAUUAGAUGGCAAUUAAUCAUUACCUCAAAAUGAGAAGCCUUUAAUUUUAGUUAAUCCACAAAUGUAAUUGUACAUUGAGUGAAAAUGAUUUGUAUUACUAAUUGGCUUCUCAUUGGAUUUAAUUUUGGCAGUGUGUUGGCUGAAAUUGCUUUGUACAAUGGUUUGAUGUCAUUUAGUAUUGUGGAUUUAGUGCCGUUUAUUACUUGAGAAACAAUUCUUGUAAAAUAAAUGCUACCAUAAAAUUACUUCAACACUAAGUACUGUAAUCAAGGAAAAAAGGAAUAAAACUAGAAAUAGUUCCAUUGUGCCUUAUAUCCAAAGUGUUACCUUUCAAAUAUGGUCAGUAACUUUGAGAAGCUGAUUGUUACGUUCAUAUAUUACAAACCAUGAUUUUGUUUAGCAAAAAUAUUUUAAUUUAAAAUGAGCUCUCGUAAAAUGUGACUGAAUAUCAACUUACACCAAUGCAAACAUUUUAAUAGUAUGGGGAGAUAAUAAUUAGACAUGUUUUAAUUAUAAAAUUUGCCCCAGUGUAAUUAUAAUGGCGGUUUUUUGUGCUGACUGCAUCAUUCAAAUGAGUUAAAUAUGUAUUGUGUUAUCAGAAUGUAAAUAUAAACUUGUAAAUAUUCAGUUUCUAAUAAAAUCAUCUGUUCAAGA